AUGGCUGCUUUACCUGGUAGUAUAAAAAUGAAAAACCAAAAUACCAGUGCUACUUGCGAAACGAAUGUGAUUAUUUUGCAGUUGAUGUCUGGAAUGCCGCUAGUAGGAGCUGUGACGAUGCAUUGGUUUAUUCCUCUGCUGGUGACUGCACCACUUUGGACUUGUCUUGAGGCCACGUACACUCCUAGCAUGGAAACGGAUUUAUCGAACGAUAUUAAAGCGGUAAUUCUCAAAUAG